AUGGCAAAGAUACGUGCAUUUGCUGAAUGUCAGUUUGAAGAAGCCACACAAAAUCAGAGCGAGUUGGAGGAAAAGUUGGCUCAGAUGGAACAGAAGGUGGCGGCAGCUCUGAAACAGAAAGAGGAAAGUCACAGGGAGCAACUGGAAGCCGAACAAAAGAAGAAGGAGCGUGAGUUUGCAGAGCUCACCGCACUGGGGGAGCGGGCCGAGGAACACAUGAGGACACAGUGCGAGGAGCAGCGGUCGCUCAGUCACAAGGAGCUCCAGCAGGUGCAGGAGGAGCUGGCCAAACUUCAGCACGAGUCCAACCAAAGCCUUCUGAACGCAGAGAGUGAAAAGCAGCAUGCUCUGUCCCAACUGGAGAGCGAGAAGGCUGCCCUCGCUGAGAAGCUGGCAGCUCUGCAUCAGGACCUGGCCUCUGCAGAGACGGAACUGGAGAGCAUUAGGAGGGAGGCUCACAGCAAACAAGAACACGACAAGAAUGCACUGGAUAUUCUUCGCUCUGAGCUGCAGCGACUACAGGCUCACUUUGAGGACUCUCUGAAUGCCCAUGAGGAUGACAAGAUAAACCUAACUUUGCAGAUGAAAGAGCUGAAUGAACAGAAGGAAAAUGCUAAACUUGAGGUUGAAGAUAAAUGUCGACUGUUAAAAAAAGCUGAAGAUGAAGUGGUUACGCUACAAACAGAGCUGAUUGACGCUCACAGACGGCUACAGGAGUGCGUUCAGGAGCGAGAUCAGCAGCAUAAAGAAGUCCUAGACGUCAGAAGACUCUUGGGAGAUGAGACCAGGGAAAAGGGGACGAUUCAAGAGACAAAUGAUGAGCUGAGGAUUCUCAUUAGGAAAGCGGAGAGCGACAAUAGCAGCUUAAGACGAAAUGCAGAAGAGAGGGAGCAAAAGGUAUCCGUCCUAGAAGAAUACAGAAGUACAAUUCAACAGGAGGCCACUACACUUCGGAGAACUGUGAGAGAGCUCGAGAAAUCUCGCCUUGAAGCACGCAGAGAGCUGCAAGAGCUUCGCCGACAAAUAAAGAGCCUUGAUGGAGAGAACAAGCAGCAGAAACAGGAGCUGAAGGAGCUUUAUGGUCGUAUUUGUCAAGAGGAGCAGAAGGAAGAGGAGGCGCGUCGUGAGGCUUUCACUCUGAAGCAGCGACUACUGGAGAGUGACGCAGGCAGAGAGGCAGCGCUGAGCGAGGUUUCAGGAUAUCAGCGGCGCCUGGUUGAACUAGAAACAGCUGAGCAUAAAAACAAAAAACAUUUGCUGCAAAUGGAGUCCAAUCAGCUGCAACGUGAGCAGAUGCACAGACAAACUACAGCCCAGCUAGAGGGGGCGCUAGAGGAUGCUAUGGUCCAGGUGCGAGAGCUGUCAAUGCAGGGACACCUCAGUGAGAGUAAGACGCAGGGCCUGGAGAAGCAGCUGGAUUUGGACAAUGGGAGAAGAAGAGAUCUGGAGACACGAUUGGCCAGACUCCACUCAGUACUGCACCAAACUGUUUUUAACAAACACACAACAAUCACAAAUGGUUCUCCCAGAAGAUCUCAUUCUCCGCGGAGAAAGCCAUCUCAAAAGGACAUUAAUGGAAGAGAGUGGAGUUCUACUGUGGCUGAGGAACUGGAUGUAGAAACGGUGCAAAUUGUACUCCAGGAACUGCAAACAGAACUGAAAGAGGCACGAAAAGACAGGGAUGAAGCAUGUGCUUUACUUGAUAACUUAAGACAUGAAGUGACAGAGCUUCAAGACAACCUUAAAAAAAAUGUCAGUCAAUGCGAACUGGCACAGAAGUCUUUGAAGAAAUCAGAGGCUGGAAAAAGAGAGGUGGAAGAACACUUGCACAAGGCGCUGACUUCUCUUACUCUUCAGGAGGAAGUAGUGCACAGAACUGAAAGAGAGAAGAGAGGCCUUCUGGACGAACUGGCGCAUCUUAAAAAUAGAAAUCUAUCAGUAGAAGCAGAGUCAAGAACAUUGCAGGGCAAACUGGAGCUGUGUUUAAGUUCAGAAUCACAAGCCACUGCUGAGCAGCAGAAACUGAGGAAGGCUCUGGAGGUGGCUGAGGGUCAAGUGAAAAUCCUGGUGCUGUCACAGCGCACCCUGGAGGGAGAGCUCCAGAGAGCUCAGCUUAAAGCAGCCGAGCAAGAUGCCCAGGCAGGAGCUCUGCAGCUGAGACUUACUGAACUCAAGAGGAGGCUAGGAGAGAGUGAGGACCGCUGCUCCACACUGAGGCUGAGCGAGGAGAGGCUGAACACGCAGCUGUCUCGAGCUGAAAUACAGGAAGCUCAGCUGAGGGAGCAGCUCCACAAACUGUCCUCCUCUGUGAGCGACAGCCACAGCAGCUCAGAGUCUCAACAACAGCAGCUAAUUCAGCUCCAGAGGGCUCUAACCACGAGUGAGCAAGACCGGUGUGCACUACAGGAACAUCUGGAUAAAACACGUGAAGCUCUCUCUGAGUCAAAGAAGCAGAACCACUCUUUAACAGAGAGGACACGGAACAUUCAAAGCUUGACACAGCAACAAAAUGCUGACCUUAAUGGCCAUAGGAGAGUGCCACAGCUCCAGCAAGAGAAUAACAAUUUGCUGGAGAAUGUAAAAGCUCUCCAAGGCGCCUUGCAAAAGGUUCAGCACGAGAAGGCAGAGAUGGAGAGAAAAGCUACACGCCUCCAUAAAGACAAAUCGGCUUUGAGGAAAUCUCUGGAGAAGGUGGAAAUGGAAAGGCUGAGGAACGAGAAGGAGGCAUCUGCAGCGACCAGAGAUCAGCAGAGACUGGGGGAAACUAUCCAUGAGCUGGAGCAGGAGCUCAUUGAAAAGCAGAGAGAGAUGCAGGCUCAUUUAUCCCAGCUGGAGCAUUUUCAUGCACAGCACCUCCUGGAGGUGACAGCGCGCCAUCACCAGGAGUUGGACUUGGAGACAGAGCGACUGAGAGCGAGCCAGCAGCAGGCAGAGCAGGCCUUGGAGAGCCGAGAGAAGGCCCAUCGCCAGAGGGUCAGAUGCUUAGAGGAACAGGUAUUGACUUUGAAAGAGCAGCUCGAUCAGGAGACACGAAGGCGACAGUCCUGUUUUCAUCAGAUGCUGCAGCCUGCCGUUGAGUCGGGAGAGGACCUCAUGCACCAGCAGGCAGUAUGCAAGGAAUCUCCAGUAUUCCUCGCUUUGACAACAGAAGCCGGGUUGACUUUUAAAGAACAAUUGCCUCAGGUGUGUGCUCCUCCCUCCCUCCAUCAGCGCAGCAUCAUCCCAGGGGUGGAUAAGGCCAUGGUGCUGGUGGGUCUGCGGUCCUGUCUCUGCACCCUGCUCUCCCUGCUGACACUGCCCGGGGUGCAUACAGUCGUGCCCCUGGAGGACUUUUACCCCUUCGGACCAAACAAGGGGGACUCUCAGACUGUGGCCCAAGACGAUGGAGGAUCGCGCUUGGUGGAGAUUUCGGUGGCUUUCCCUUUCUUUGGAGACCGGCACAAUGGACUCUAUGUCAAUAACAACGGCCUGGUGUCUUUCCUGAGGGAGGUUUCUCAGUUCACGCCUGUUGCUUUUCCCAUUGCUGGAGACCGGAGAGUCGUGGCCGCGUUUUGGGCCGACGUGGAUAAUCGUCGCGCUGGAAGAGUGUUCUACAGAGAGAGCGUGGAGGCGGGCAUCCUGAAGAGAGCUUCUAAUGACGUCAGGACUUACUUUUCAGAGUUUCCAAGCUUCAACGCUUCAUGGGUCCUGAUCUCCACAUGGCAUAAGGUCACGUUCUUUGGAGGCAACUCAAAAACACCGAUCAAUACAUUCCAGGUGGUGCUCAUUACAGAUGGAGAGCUUUCCUUCACUAUAUUCCAGUAUCACAACAUUACGUGGACGACAGGCAUGCAUGCUACAAGUGGAGGAAACCGGGCAGGACUGGGGGGCAUUGCAGCACAGGCAGGUUUUAACGCCGGGGAUGGAAAGCGCUACUUCAACAUCCCUGGUUCUCGAACAGCUGACAUUGUGAACGUAGAAGGCACCACUAAUGUAGGUUUCCCCGGCAGAUGGGUGUUUCGGAUUGACGACGCAAACGUGGAAGUUGGCAGCUGCAACCACUCUGCCUCUGUUUGCCCACACCUGCGUCCGUGUUUGAAUGGUGGUCAGUGCAUCGAUGACUGCAUCACAGGAAACCCCUCCUUCACCUGCUCCUGUCUGGCCGGAUUCACAGGCCGAAAGUGCCAGAUUGAUGUCAACGAGUGUGCCUCCAGCCCGUGCCAAAACGGAGGCACGUGUGAAGACCAGAUUAACAGUUUUGUCUGUCAGUGUCCACCAGGAUACACAGGAGUCCGCUGUGAAUUUGACAUCGAUGAGUGCAAAGACAAACCUUGUUUCAACAACGCACUGUGUGUCCAAGGACUGGGAAACUUUAACUGUGUCUGUGAACCUGGAUACACUGGGCUCCUGUGUGAGAAUGACAUAGACGAUUGCGAGUCACAGCCCUGUCUGAAUGGAGCCCAGUGCAUAGACCACGUGUACAACUUUACUUGCGUUUGUCCUGCAAACUUCACUGGAGCCUUUUGUGAGACUGAACAAGUAGUGCUUGAGGUGAACUCGACCGAAGCAAAUAACCAAACAGAAGAAUGCCUUUGUCAGAACGGCGGCGUCUGCAUGGACCCUAAUGGGACGUGUGAAUGCCCCACAGGCUACACCGGGCUCUACUGUCAGUUUGAAGUAACCCAUACUCCGUGCAGUCACAGCCGGUCCUGUCCCGACGGCGGCCCCUGUCUGGAGUACGGAGGGACCUACUUGUGCACAUGUCAGACCAGCGGGCCAGAGCUAGAGCACAAAGACUACUACCCCUAUGUACAGCCCCAGUCGGUGUGUGACUCGUCUCCGUGUUUGAACGGAGGCUACUGCUACGAGCGCGACGGAGGCUACAGCUGCGAGUGCCAGCAUGGAUACUGGGGGAAACACUGCCAGAAAGUCAGACUGAAUACCUGCGCUGCUUUGCCUUGUCGAAACGGGGGCACCUGUAAAGAAGAGCACGGCAUGUACCACUGUGUGUGUCCGUAUCGCUUCACUGGCAAGCACUGCGAAGUCGGAAGACCAGACCCCUGCUCCUCCAGCCCGUGUCUAAACGGAGGAACGUGUUUUCAUUACAUCGGGAAGUACAAGUGCGAGUGCUCAGAGGACUUCUUUGGGAGGCACUGUGAGAUCAACAUGAGCCGAACACAAGUCUCCACCGAUAUGGGCUGUGGAGAGCCUCCACAUGUUCUGCAUGCUGAGGUCCACUUCUCCAGAACCAGCGCCGGCUCCAUGGCUGUAUACAUCUGCCACUCAGGCUUCCUGCCUGUUCCCCGGGCUACGCAGAGCAUCUGCAGCCUGCAGGGAGACUGGAGCCAGCCCCCGGUCUGCGAAGAGAUCAACGAGUGCCGCUCACAGCCCUGUCUAAAUGGAGGCACGUGUCGGGACCAGGUGGGCUCCUUCUUCUGUGAAUGUGGCAAAGGCUUCACUGGAAAUCACUGUCAAGCAGCUGUAGUCCAGUGCUCACCGAAAACCUGCAAGAAUGGAGGCACUUGUGAGAAUGACUCUGGCUCCUAUUUGUGUCACUGUCCUCAAGGAUUUAAAGGAAUGCACUGCGAAGAAGAGCAGGAUGUUUGUGACUCCAGCCCCUGCUUAAACGGAGGAGUGUGUCGAAGCUACAGACAAAACUAUUUGUGUUUGUGCAAGGAAGGAUUCUUUGGAGACCAGUGCCAAAUGUUGGAGGACCCCUGUGUGCUGAACCCCUGUGGAAACCGCGGUCUCUGCACCAGCGACAAGAAAGGCAACUACAACUGCGUGUGCAACGUGGGGCACACGGGGAAGGACUGUGAGAAAGACCUGCUGCCUCCAUCUGGCUUGCGUGUGCUGCGUGUGGAGGAGAGUGAGGUGGAGCUGCGCUGGGACCCUCCAGAGCCCCUAAACAGCCUGGUUAGUGGCUUUGCGGUGAAGUACGCUCCACUGGGACGUGGCAACCGACGAACAGACCUGCUGGACCGGAGGCAGAACACGCACGUGAUGAGGGGUCUGCUGCCCGGCCUCCUCUACAACAUCAGUACCAUCUCCCUCAAGCACAACCUCAACAACAGCGACUACAGCCGGCCCGCCACCGCACUCAUACGAACCAGACCUCAGCGAGUGGAGCAGCUCUCUGUGACUAGUGUGUCGUCCUCCUCCGUGGUGCUGCAGUGGGAGGCUCCUGCGUCCGUGAGCCUUGUCCUGGUCUCUGUGUCUGCAUCCAACGGCUCUGAGCCUCUGUCUGCUGCUGUGAACACCAGUGUCACUGAGCACAGCUUCCGGUCGUUACUUCCUGGACACAAAUACACAGUGGAAGUUUUGACUCAGAGUGGCGUCAGGCCUGAUGAGUUCCCCUCCAUCAGCCACUCAGCCGAACCACUGACCUUCUGGACACGACCUCUCCCUCCUCUGAACCUGUCCCUGUCCCAUGUGAGCUCCUCUUCAGCCCUCAUCUCCUGGACACGCCCCUCCAAGAUGCUCCCAGACGGUUUUGUGGUGAACGUGACGCGAGGCCUGAACACGAGGAGCCGCUUUCUGCCCAACGGGAAGUUACAGUCAUACACAAUGAGAGAGCUGACUCCAGGACAGCAGUACCAGGUUUCGCUCACUGCAGUCAAGAACACAGGACAGGAGCAGGUGCACAGUGCAGCCCAGCACCUGCUAUUCACUACAUUACCAAUGCAAAACAGAUCCAGCAGAAGAAGAGAAGAAAGACUACGAGUUUUGGGUGCACACCAAGUACAAACAGCUCCUCCAUCGUACACUCAGGACCUGGGAGUGAGAAGAAUGACAGAAAACUCACAAGAACUGCCCAGAUACACAGAGCUCAUUGACAGAAGGGGAAAAAUAACAACGAGAUUAACUCAUUUGCCCAGAAAAGCAAUCCGACAUCGAUCAAAACCUGAUCCUCCGAUUCGAUUAGAGAAGAUGGAGGAGACGACAAACAAAAUCAGCCUGGCCCUGCAGAUCCAGGAGGAGACCGCUGUUGUUUCGGAGCUGCCCCAGGACUGUCGCCGCCUGCCCUGCCUGAACGGGGGAACGUGUGCGAGCUCAGGGGAAGAAGGCUGCAUCUGCGACUGCGCCACGGGCUUCAAGGGCAGGCAGUGCGAGCUUUUGUGUCACAGAGUCCCUCACCCUUGCACUCGGCUGUAUUCAGAAACCAAAAGUGUUCCGGUUUGGGAGGGAGGAGUCUGCCAUUACCUAUACAAGCGAACGUAUAAAGUCCAGCAGGAUGUGUGCUAUAGAGAAAUCUGCGAACCGUCAUUACCAAAGAAAAGUCAGCGUGAGAGACUACAGAGGAACAAACAGGCAACAAUAAAGAGCACUCAGAGUCGGACGUCACUGUCAUGUGAAAGCCUCCCAUCUUCAAUCGUGUUGUUUAUCAACUUUUACUUGAAGUGGCCGAUAAUGGACAACAUUGUGCUGUUGACCCCACUAUCAACCGACGAUUCCAAACUCCCGAAUAGCAAAUAG